AUGCAGGACGGUUGUCCAUCUCGCUUGAGUUCAAUUGUGGGAACACAAUCUGGACGACGCCAUGUGCUUGCUUUAGAUAGAAUCAGAAGGCUUGAAUGUGCAGUUAUGAUCAAAAUUGCUUCUAACAUUAUUUCUCUUGAGAAACCGUUUGUGGAUUUCGUGGCAGUCUCGGAUAUUUCAAUAUUAUCUCACUUACGUCAAUCACUAUGUAUUACCACGCAAUUAGCAUUUUCUACGUCAACAACCGCAUCUAUGUCUUGUAUUAUAUCACCGUAUGAUUCUGUUCAUCAUUCUUGCCUGUUACGAAUUAUUGUCCCUUACUCAUGGUUUCCCAUUAACAAUGAUCAAAAUCAGGUAAUAACACUUGUACACAAAGUAGAUAAAGAAUGCGGCGAACAACAGGCAGAAUCACAUCGUACCAAAUUAACUUUACUUUCACCUUUUGCAAAUUACAAAUCUUAUGAUAUCGAUAAACAGUCCUCAGUACUGCAUUUGCGAUUACUUUCGCCAACAAACUUUACUUUUGCCUGCGAUUCUCUCAGCACUCUUUUGCUUUAUUUGAAUUACAGCGGUGAAAACGAAAUGGUUCUCAAUGCUAUUGAGAUAAAAGUUUGGCUAAAUAAUCGUUUUAAAAUUAUUAAUGUUACUUCUGCAAAUAUAAAAUUAUGGAAGGUAGAAAUGGAAAAACCAGUGAGCUCAUCCGAUUCUCUAAUAAUUAUUACAAGUAAACGAUUGCCAAUUAUCUCUUCCAAUGAUUAUUCACAAAGAUUUGAUGGAUAUUUGAUGAUGAUGCUUGUCAAGGUGAAAAGUGUAGCAGAAAGUGAAUCAGAAUCACAUCCUAAUAAAAUGGAUGAUGACCUCAUCAAUGUUCACUGGGAAGUACAGUAUGAUAUCGAAGGAAAAUCUUCAAAUACUAGUAAAAUGGGAUCACAUCGUACAACAACGAAAUUUCGAAUAUAUUCUGACUUCGUUUAUUCUAUCGUUCCCAUGAUAAAAGGUGAGAAUGUAAUCAAUACAGCAGUACUAUCGGGAAAGCAAACCGCGGUACCUAUGAGGAUUUUUUCUGUGACGGAAGGCGGUCAUCUGGAAGAUGUUACAAGUAAUUCGCAUUGUUUAAGCGCAGAAUCUCGCGUUUUAAAAGCUUCACCAACUUGCAGCUCAAUUUAUGUAGAUGGAUCGGAAUUACGAGGGAUGGGCAAGGUCAAAAUACACGUACACUUUGAGACAUUAACCACUUCCAUCGAAAUCACUGUUUGGUAUCCACGAUUUCCAAUUACGGUCUGGAUAUCAGAUCCAGUGCUGAAUGCCGUCAAAGAUUGGCAAAUAGCGGUAUGGAAAUGGCUUCCAAGCAGACGUCGAAGAGAAGCUCGUCAAUUUGGUUGCACCAAUAAGUACCAACAAGCUGAAGUUCGUAUUCUUGCAAGCUAUUAUAUUGGUGAUAAAGACACAGGAGAACGAAUUUACUUAUCUGGCGACCGAGAUAUACUUUUUGACGUAACCUCACUUACUGUUAAUCAUGUACAUAGCACCAAUCUUGGCGUAGCCGUUGUACUACCUCGUCAAGAUCGCAUUUUCGUUAUUGCUAACCAUCCUGGUUCAGCAAGAAUAACAGUUCGUUCAAACAUACCAAGCAUUGAUUAUGGCAGUGCACCAAUUGUGGUUACAGAAGAUGUAGUCACUGUAAGACGAUUAGUGGUUGAAGGAGUGGUUGACAUAGCAUUAGAUAUCGAACGUAUUCCCAAAAGAUUAGAUAAAUAUGUCGUUUCAACGUUCAUUCAAAAUACUUUAACUCGUAAAUAUCAGCAUGCAACCAUCGUUUGUCGGUUGUACUUCUCGGAUGAGCAAGCACUUGAACUAAAUGACAUACCAUCAGAUCAAUAUGUAUUACAAACGUGGACUUCUGAUGACCAAGCAGUAGCAUUAAAUCAUGGACCAAAUGGUCAAAAUACUGAAUUAAUCGUUCUUCAGAAUGCUAAAAAUGUGCUACUUUCAGUCAGCUUACACAGUCCAACUCAAUGUCGUGAACUAGAUUCACGAGCACUCAUACAAAUUGAUUACCCUGUUCAAAUAGAAUUUAAUGAACGAAAAAAACUAGCGACUACACCAACCGCUUUCUUCUACAAUAGUAGUACAAAAUUAGAAUCAGAAGAUGAUUCUGGAAAUUGGAACUCACAAGUACUGCUCGGCUUGAUCAUUCUGUUAGCAGCGUUAAUAGGUAUUGUACAUGCAAUUGGUUCGAGAGCUCGACGACCACUUAAUAAAGGUUAUGAGAAAUUGGUGUUACCAAUUCUCACACGAUUAAGUUCAUCCAGUUCAUGUGGAAAAGAUGAAAACUCACAAGAAUGGGUCUGGCUCUCAAAAGCUGAAAUUGAUAGCUGUAGUAUAAAUAGCAGAUAUUCGCAAAAAUCAACGAUAGAUGCUGCUGAAAAUUCGUCACAUGCGAGCAAUGGUAGUACACAACGCAGUAUAUCAUAUCGUGGAUCAGAAAUCAGUGUAUUUAUAUCUCCUCAACCUGCCGUUGCCAUCAAUCUUGAUUCAUUAGGACGACAUACAACAAGUUGGCGAGGGAGACCAAAAACUAAAUUAACUCGAAAUGCUAUGAUUGAUAACAGCUCAUCUGAACACAAUCUUUCAAAAUAUUCAAAUGCAAAUUCAAGCGGUUAUGGUUUUGUUCCCGUUAAUUGUGCUGCCUACGAAAAGAGCCCAAGGUGUAAGAAAGGUGUACUUGAAGCGUCAGUACCACAGCAAAUAUGUUGGCGACAAAUGAAUAGAAAUUUCAGCCAUGAUUCUAUAUCUGAAACAGAUGAAAUUCGAGAAACACUCGCAUAA